CUUUGCUUCCAAUAACACCUUUCGAGAAAUCAAAAUUUAGGGUUCACCAAGAUGACGACACACUUUUACUACCCGAACAAGGAGCUGCAGGAAGAGCUGACCUGCAUUUCUAAGGCAUUGGUGGCACCGGGAAAAGGCAUUCUGGCUGCGGAUGAGUCGAGUGCAGUGAUGGGCAAGCGAUUCCAGUUGAUUGGGGUGGAGAACACGGAGGAGAAUCGCCGGAUAUAUCGGCAAAUGUUGUUCACCACCGAUCCCAAGAUAUCGGAGAAUAUAUCCGGAGUAAUUUUCUACCACGAAACGUUGCAUCAGCGAACGGAUGAUGGGUUGCCAUUUGUGGAGGCCCUAAGGAAGAAGGGCAUCCUCACGGGAAUCAAGGUGGACAAGCACUUCUCGCCACUUUUCGGCUCCGAGGAUGAGUUCACCACCCAGGGACUGGACGACCUGGCCAAUCGGUGUGCCCAGUACAAAAAGGAGGGUUGCAGCUUCGCCAAGUGGCGAUGUAUCCUGAAGAUCACCAAGAACACUCCAUCGCCGCAGGCCAUUUUGGAAAAUGCUAAUGUGAUGGCCCGCUAUGCGGCCAUCUGCCAGUCGCAGCGCCUAGUGCCCAUCAUCAGUCCCGAGGUCCUGGCCACCGGAGACCAUGACCUCGAUCGCUGCCAGAAGGUCAACGAAAUUCUCCUGGCCGGCGUGUAUAAGGCGCUCAGUGAUCACCACGUCUUCCUCGAGGGAACACUGCUGCAGCCCAGCAUGGUGAUGCCCGGUUUGCAGAGUAAUAAAAACCAUCCACCAUCGGACAUUGGAAUGGCCACGGUUCUCUCCAUCAGGCGAACGGUUCCCCCCGCAGUUAUGGGAGUCCUCUUCUGCAGUGGCGCCCAAUCGGAGGAGGAGGCCUCGGUCAACUUGAAUGCCAUCAACAAUGUCCCACUCUGCAAACCAUGGGCCAUGAGUUUCGCCUUCGAUCGGGCUCUGCAGACCUCUAUUCUCAGGACUUGGGGUGGCAAGAAGGAGCAGAUCAGCCAUGCUCAAAACGAGCUCAUCAAGCGUUGCAAGGCAAACGGUCUGGCCAGCAUUGGAAAAUAUGUAGUGGGCUCUAUGGAGAGCUCAGCGGGAACCGAAAGACUCAUCCAAGAAGCCGUCGAAUUCUAAGGUACAGCUCGGUAUAGCCUAGAAUUUUUGAUUAAUAUCAGGAUAAAAUAAAAUUACAU